UCCAUUCAAGUCCACUCGAAUCGAAUUUUAACCAAGUCGAGCUCGAGCUCAUAUUGCUAUGCGAGCAACUCAACACUAUUAGCCUUUAGCCCCCAAUCAAUAUGACUUCUCAAACAAAUUUAAGUCAUCCCAAUCAAUAUGCUCUGCGAAUACCUCCCGAGAAAACCGAACGCAUAAACGAAGCAUCACUAGCAAAUAGCAAUAGCAAUAUCAAUAUAUCAUCAAACAAAUUUGGCGCCGAAACGUAAACGAUAAAACGUCCGAAAUUCUCACUUUCAAUUCUCAACGAGAAUAGCAGGAAAGAGAUCCAAAUGGAAAUAGAAAAAGCAGGCAGCGAUAUGGAAAUGGAGAGAGAAGAAGAAGAAAAUGAUGAAGAGACUCAACUUUUGAGGGAUCGUUUUCGUCUUUCCGCUAUCUCCAUUGCCGAAUCUGAAGCGAAGAAGAACGGAAUGCAAGUGUCGGAGCCAAUUGCUGCGUGCAUUUCCGAUUUGGCGUUUAAGUAUGCCGUAGAGCAUCUGGCGAAGGACCUCCAGCUGUUUGCACACCAUGCUGGUCGUAAAAUGGUGAAUACUGAAGAUGUUAUACUUGCAGCCCAUCGAAAUGAGAACCUUUCUUUGUCAUUAAGAACCUUCUGCAAUGGUCUAAAAGCAAAAGAACCUCAGUCAGAGCGAAAGAGAAAGAAAGCUUCAAGGAAAGAGGACAAAGCUACAACAAGUGCACUAGAGACUGCUGACUCUUAACUCAACUUCUAUUUAAUUGGGGAACUGCUGGGAGAGGCAUGUUUUUGACGAGAAUGCUACAAACUGAUGCUUUCACAGGCUGUUAAUAUCAACUGGUUGGUAAUUACUUAACUAGAAUCAGCAACUCACAAGUGGAACUUUAAGUUCCUGUGACUUGUUUGUACAAUUUUACAAGUAGAUUAAUGGUCAUAUACGGUUCCUGUGAUCCUGUCCCUUUAGUCCAAGUAAAUUUAAUUCAUUUCCUAGAUAGAGAAGACAACAUUUUCCUGUAUUAUGUGACCUAUGUCCUUGUUUUUGGUAUGAGUUUAUUGUAACCCAGAAACAUCUGAACAUGUUAUCAUUUCGAGAGCAGUCUCUCCCUCUUUUUUGUCCUUUUUUUUCAAAAAAAUUGGGGGAAGUAUGCAUCAUUAUGUUUUGUUUUCUA